UAUCUCGGUCAAAUGUCCUUUACUUGCUUAAAGUAAAUGCGAAAUGUUUGAAAAAGAGACGGGGGUAUUUAGAUGACAUAAAACCUCAUAUACUGCUAUACAAAGUGACACUAAGGUGUCAGUAAAAUAAAUUGAGCCAUGAAAAAGGUUUCGUCGUUGUUGUAGUUUUAUAAUUAUGAACGUUGGUUUCUAACCUCGAUGCAUUUUGCGGACUUAGGAUUUGCAAUAUAAAGGAUGCAAGGAUGGACUUUACCCAAUCUCACCAGUACAAUUACAUUUCAACUUUCGGCUUGAAUUAAUUACGUGUCCAGUGAUUAAGAUCUCUGUGAAUACGCCAGACACUGUGAUGCAAUUUCCUGACAUGAUAUUUUGAAAUUUAUCUUCUUGUUUCAAAUAAUCAUUUAAUAUAAGGUUUCAAAAGGAUUUAUUGUGUUUGGCGUAUAUAUGUGUAACUGAGAUCAGCCACCUGCUCUUUUCCAAUUAUAAAGACUAAAGGUAUGUGGGUUUUACAGGUCAGUUUCCAUGUUAGUGGCCAAAACAAGUGAUAAGGAAUCAGCUGAUUAUAACUGCAUGUUUUUCUUGUGAUUCACUUCCACGGACAAGAGUCUGCAUAUAUCAGAUUAUUAGUGUGAUACUGUCUCUGUUGGAUAUCUUACUUAUCUGUUGUUCCUAUAAUUUCUUGGGUUUUUAAAAGACUUUACUCAUCGGGGAUUUAAAUUUCAUAAAACAAUGUUGAAAAUAUCGGAUGACAUUAAGAGGAUUAAAGUUUAAAUGAUUCGGAAGAUAAAACGUAUUGUCAUCAUGAAAAGCAUUGAGGUUUAACAAGUACUUCAUGUAGAUGUGAAGAGAAAAGAAAAAAAAAACGGUACAGGAUACAAGAUACAAGAAUCUUUAUUCUGAGACGGAUGUUUAACAUUAGUAAUUUGCUUUUUUUCCGAUAAAGGAAGUUAAGUUAAAAAAUCCUAUGUAGGACAUUUAAUACAUUUAUUUUGAUAUAUACUUAAAUGUUUUCAUCAUCAAAAGAGAUUUGGAUAAAGUGUUUAAAAACAUCUGAAAUUUAAUUACAACAAAACGUAAUCGCCAUUAGAGUAACUAUAUAAUUGUUAUUUGAAAGCUUGAAAUAUAAUUUUAAUUCUAUUUUGAAGAAAGGAAAGAAGUUGAAAACUGAGUGAUGGAUUUAACAGACGAAACCAUGCAAAACAGGAAAAUUUCAACUGCCACAGUGACUACUGACAGUGGGGUCAGCUCUAUAUGUAAUGAAGGAAGUGUUUGUGAGGAAGAAAUGGCUGAUAUUACUACAGCGGGCGAAGAUAUUACAGAUGCCAAACCAAAAGUGAGAUUGUCUAUGGACGAACAUGAACAAAGAAAUAUUGAUUUAGGAAAAUUUAUGGAAGCAACAACAGUUCGAUCGCGUAGAUCGUGUUCCCUACCGGAUAUACUAGACUUUGAUAAUAUUGAAUUUUAUGAUGAUGAUCCUAAUAACUCUACCGAUUUUCCCCAAAGCUCUGCGAAUUCAUCUAAAGACAGUUUGUCAGUUGUCACUACAGAUACUCGGAAAACAUCAACAACAAGUUUAGGCAGCUUUCAACUUUGUGGCAAAGAACAUGUUGAAAAACCGUGUUAUAUAUGUCUGAAAGAUAAUGAGAUUUAUUGUAGUGUAUGUGUGCAAGUUCACAACUUCCAUUGUAAAGAAAAUGUAAAACACAUUCCAGAAAUCCCACCAGAAAUGAGAACAAGUUUAUGCGGUGAAGCAAUGAAAGAACUAAGAGUGGUUAGAGAAAGGUUUAACAAAGUCAAAGCCGAAAAUGAAAAUUACAUUGAACAACUGAAAGAUUCGCGGAGAACAUUUUUACGUUCUGUAAUGAAAUAUAAAAAUACAAUUAUAGAAGCCAUUGAUAAGCUAGAGAAAGAAGCAUUAUCUCAGAUGGAUGCUGUGUAUAAUCGGGAAAAGAACAAAAUAGAACAAAACUUAAAUCAACUUGAAAGAGAAAUCGCAGAUAUUGAAAGUUAUAUUACCAUUCUUGAGCAGUGCAUGACAGCAAAUGAAAAUUCAGUUGUGUAUGAGCUACAAGGAGCAACCGAGCAGCUUCGAAUCGACGAAGCGAUGGUACGAGAUCUCCAUAAGUCAACUAGUAUUGUUCAGUUCGAGUUCGAGCCCUCAGCGGAUAUGUUAGCAACGUUAACCAACUUUGAAAAACUCUGGAAGGUUACGAAGAAGGAGACCGUAGCUUGUACAUACCCUCGUCCAUGUUCAUGUGACAGAUCAUACAGAAAUAAGGUAGCAGUAAAGGAGAAGGAGGUAUCUGUCCGUCUGUCCGGCUUGUCGUUUGAUAGAGAAAGAUGCUGUAUUACCGGUUGUGAGUUUCUACCCAACGGGAAGCUGCUCGCUUGUGACAAUGGAAAUAAAAAGGUGAAACUGUUUGAUAAGAAGUUCAAGUGUAUAUCUGCUCAUACUUUACACUCCCUGCCGUGGGAUGUGGCCGUAAUUGAUGCAGAACGUGCCGUUGUUACCAUUCCAGAUCGCAAGCAACUUCAUUUCAUUGGUCUUCAUCACAGAAUCUCGAUGAAAGAGACGGUCACUCUUGAGCAAAACUGUUGGGGUGUAUCUUACAGUAAUGAACAAAUAUUCGUUACGUGCUGGUCACGUGACAUAAAGGAAGUAAUUAUUCUAGAUACGAACGGAACACCGAAACGUCGUAUUGUAACUGUUCAAAGUCAGCCAUUUCAUACUCCAUGGUUUAUUGACGGACACGAUGACACCAUGUUCGUAUCAGACUGGGGCACGUAUUUAGUGCAAGGUGUCACCACUUCCGGUAUCCCUUUAUCUAAAUAUAGAAAAAGCAACUUGGUUGGCCCCUUAGGAAUGUGUCGUGAUCCGGACGAAAAUGUGUUCAUUUGUGGGAGAGACUCUAAUAAUAUACACCAGAUAUCAAAAGACGGGACUGAGCAACGAGUAUUUCUCUCCGAAAGAGAUGGAAUACAGCAACCGCUCAAUUUAUGUCUUCGUGCAUCAGACGAUAAACUUAUCGUGACGUCAUGGAUGUCAGACAAACUUACUGUGUUCAGACUUCAAUAAAUCAGUGAAUAAUAUAGGGAAAAAGAAUUGACUUCUUCUUUGAUUUAAUUAACACAUACAUACUGUUAAAUUAACGUAGUACAUGUCUUAGUAUACCGAAAAAUAAUUCAAAUUUCAGUUGCCGAGUAUAUAGAUGGAAAUUUCAUCUAAGUGGUGAAAUAUAUUUACUUAAUUUUCAAAAAUUAAAACCAAAUAUUGAUCCAUGAAUGGAAAUUCUACAGUCUAAUCGCUGGACCUCAACUGUGCCUUUUAAAGGGGUAUGCAUUCAGAUUUCUGUAAAACUCAAAUUGAAAAAUGUUUUAAAAACCGAUUCUCUAAGUCCUAGGCAGAACCUAGAUACAUGUAUGAAAAGUCUCACGUAGUCUGGUAAAUAUGAAGAAAAGUUUCAAAAGCGUUAGUCAUGCCGUAAAAAAUAGAUGAUUUAGCUGUUUGAAAACUUGUGCAAUGUUGUUUUAAUAGGUUUGAUUUACUGUUAUCAACAUUGUUAUAAAGUAAACAUGUCGUCAAGAAGUACUUGCAAUUCAUCCGUAAUUAUAGCAAUAUACUUUGAAAAGAUGCAGGGAAAUAUUUUUCUCAUGAACUGUAACUUCAACUAUGUGCAUAGUUGUUACAAAAAUCUGAUUGGACGAAAGAAAGUAGGUUUUUAACAAUAUAUACUUCCAUAGGCUCCGUGGCGGAUGCAAUUUUAUUACUAUUAUAGUAAUAUUUAUAAUAAAGCAUGCAAUAAUACACUUUUUGUUUAAACUACCUUUUAUGUUGUUUUCAUAUAAUAUUUGUUGGAACCAGAAACAAUUUAAACAGCUAAGACAGAAAAUAAGCUCUCGUGUUACUGCUUACAUGUGCUUAGAUAGUUUUCUAUACGAUGGUCCUAGUUUUGACCAGAAAUCCAGAAACUGUUCAUCUAAAAAGUGUUGAUGUCGAGAGUCAAUAAAAUUAAACUCUAAUAGGGUUUAUUGAAACUUUAAGGAUAGAUUUUUGUAUAUGCAUGCUAUAUAAUUUUCAAAAUAAGGUGCAUUCUUUCAUGCUUUUUUUUAUCCAAUUUUCAUGCAAUUUUUGUAAGUGUAUGAGCAGGCUCAUUCAACCCGAGUCUGCAACAUUUUCAUUUUUUAUCAUGUUGAGCGACCUGUGGAGCUUCCACUUUUUUAUUUUAUAGAUACAUAAAACCCAGAAAACAGAAUUCUAUCCUACAAUAAAAUCACAUGACGUCUCUCCAUGUCAAAACGAUUGGUAACACAUUUAAUUAAAGCACCUAUCUCUGCUCUUUCUGAAACGGAGCGAGAUCAUGUAUAUUAAUCAAAGUAACCUCUGUUUCCUGGGUGAAGAUUUGUGCUAAAGUAUAUCAAGGUAUAACUUUGCUGUUUCGUAUAAGUGAUACUGUGUUCUUUGUUUUAUUUUGGUGUAUUUUACUUACGAUUCUUACAUUUUCAUGAUUUUACACAACAAAGAUUAUUUGAUUACGCAUACAUGUAUUAACAUUCAAAAUGAAAUGUCUGGUUUUGGUUUCAAAACUUACUGUCUGUUAAAAGACAAUAGCUGUAUACAGAAAUUGACAAAGCAACUGUGACUGGAUGCAAUAAAACUCUACAGGAGCUACCAGUUGGUGAAUUAAGGUGGUAUUUGUGUAUGACAAUAGAAGGUACAUAAUACCUUGAUGCACAAAUGGGUAGAUAUAGUACACAGAUUGGCAAUUCUCUGUUUGUAUAAAAUUUAUUUUCCUUGUU